AAUUAAACGGUAAUGGACCACCGCUACAGCUGAGUGUGCGAGGUGCACCGAAAAAAUGCCGUAUGAGCAAGCGUUAUAAGACCGGUUCGUUUUGGCUGAACAAAAACAAUUUGGAAAUUGUCAACGGCUUGAGAACUUUAGCCGAUCGUCUGUUCGAUAAGGCCGACUAUCUUUCGUGGCUCGAUUUGUCCCAUAACAAUUUGACCACGAUCAGUGACGAGUUCCUGUCGUUCCCGAAUAUGUCGAUGCUGUACCUGCACGCGAACAACAUCGAGGAUAUCGUGGAAGUGAUCAAGAUGCGGAAAUUAUCCAAGCUGCGGAUACUAACGUUGAACAAGAACCCAAUGUGCGUGGCGUGCGCGCACUACCGGAGUAUCGUUAUUUACAUGGUGCCGGGACUCCAGAAGCUGGACAACACGGUGGUGGUGGGCUCGGAACGCAACUCGUUCAAGCCGUCGAUGAUCAACAGG